GUGAAAGCUAAAUAAGCAUCUGAGCCUUACAGCCAAAAAAAUAAGCAUCUCAGCAAAUAAAAUUAGUGUGUAAACUAAUUCCGAUGGUUUCAAAUCUUGAUCAGAGCUAAGAAUUAAUCGAACCGGUCGAGCCGGUUGAACGAGCGAACAGAGCCGCGGCUAGCGGGCUAAGCUAAAACCCUUCUUCUACCCUGUCGUUCUCCCCACCAAGUGCUGUGCUGAUUCUGAUCGAAGGGGAGCUGUGAGCUGCUCGACGCUUGAGAGACCGACAUGAGUUCACUCGCCGUCCGACUCGCUCGCCAUCUACGGCUUUCUUCUCCUUUCCCGUUGUCUCCCUCCUCACUAGCUAUGUCCAGCUGGAAAACCUCCAGGUGGAGUUACUCGACAGGGUCGAAUGGCGGGGAGAAUGACGAUGUCAAGCUCGAUGACAGAGAGGAGGAGUUGCAGGAAGAGUAUGAUGAUAUUCUCGGGGAGAAGCCUGAGUCGGAGCCUCACGGUGUGGAUCCGAGAAGAGGUUGGGGUUAUCGCGGCGUUCACAGGGUACUUGGUGGCGAUUAUCUGCGGAAAAGUUGGGCAAGCCCCUGUUCAGAAGAUUUUGAGGAAUGGCCGUACUGUGACUAUCUUUACAGUUGGAACGGGGGGCUUGUUUGACCAAAGAACUUUUGGAGCAAAAGAUUUGCCAAAACCUGCUCAGUGGCAUCGAAUUGCUGUGCAUAAUGAUACUCUAGGAGCUUAUGCAGUUCAACAACUUAGUAAAAACUCUCCAGUUUAUGUCGAGGGGGACAUUGAAACUAGAGUGUACAAUGACAGCAUUAGCGGUCAAGUUAAAAAUAUCCCAGAGAUCUGUAUUCGUCGUGAUGGGAGAAUUCGCCUGAUAAAAAUUGGAGAAAGUGUCAGCAAAAUGUCUUUUGAAGAUCUGAGAGAGGGAUUGCUGUAGGUGAAGGUCCGUCUGAAUGUGGAGAUUUGUUUCUUAAAGAGGGACAGAAGCUAAAUUUUUCUUUUCUUGUAAGGAAUAUCCAAGAAUUUCUUGUUAUUGCUCCCACCAGACUUGCCUUUCGCUGCUUCAGUUCGAGCUACUUAUAUUAUUUCAGCAUAUAUGGGUUAGGGGAAUGAUCAGAGUAUCAUUUCCAGAGUAGUUGUUAAA